AUGAUUAUCGCAGCACAGGAUUUUAUAAUCGGCAAGUCGGAGUGGAACUGCACGAGUCAGUGUGUGUUUGUUGCCGAGGCAGAAAGAGAGAUUGAGAGCAGAGGAGAGAGCACAUUGUUUGGAAUUUGGCAUCAAAUGCUUCUGGUUGCCGCCUGCCGUUCGCCAGUCCCACAAACCAAUGACUCUCACUCCAGUGCAUUCACUCUACUUCAAAAUACAUUUCUGAAUUAUAUUUUAAGAGGUAAGGUUGUAACAGAGUAUUCCAGUCUUUUUAAGUUGACGGGUAACAGAUUCAAUAACCACACCAUAGACCAGAAGCACCAGAAGUUGACCUACCCACAGACGGCAUUCGACACAAAAUUGAAAAGAUUAAGGAUAGAGUGUUCUGAUUCUCUCUUACCGACACACGAGCCUCCACCAUGGUAUUUAGACACUGUAGAUUCUCGAUGCACCUUGAGAGAAAUGCAAAACUGCACAAAUCCUCUCGAAGAUAUUAGAUUUUCCACUAUGAGAAAGCCACAGAUCAGUAAGAUCAGCAAACCAGUCCGUGUUCAACCCCUCAAGACAGCGCCAUUCUCAGCAACUCUAGCCACAACACAAUUAUCGAAUCCAGAUUCCCACCAAUGCAUCGCCACAGCCCAAUCAAGAAACCCCCUUCGACUGCAUGAUUUCAAGAGCUGUUUCAGUGAAAUUUAUAUCAUAUCAUAG